GGGAGCGCGCGGCCAAUGAAACGGCGGGAGCCGCAGGCUAGGGCCAGGACCCGGCGGCCGUCGCAGCCAAUGGGAGCGCGGGGCGGGGCGGAUUUGAAGCGCGAGGCGGCAGCAGCAGCCGUGGGUAGGGGAACGCGGAGGAUGGCCCACAAGGAGAACGUGAACCCCGGGGCCCUGGGCAGCCUGGCCAAGUAUGGUGCGCCUGGCCCCCAGCGUGUGCCGCGCAAGGAGACACCCGCCGAGGCCCUGCUGGCCCAGCGCGCCACAGGCAAGACGGGGCCACGACCCGCUGGGCCCCCCCUCCUCGCAGCUGUGCCCGGGCGGGUGCCCGUCGAGGCUGGCGCCCAGGUCGCUCCGCAGCCCCCCCUAAAGACGCUGAGCAUUGAGGACUUCGAGAUCGGGCGCCCGCUGGGCAAGGGCAAGUUUGGCAACGUGUACCUGGCGCGGGAGAAGGGGUCGCAUUUCCUCGUAGCCCUCAAGGUGCUCUUCAAGUCGCAGAUGGAGAAGGAGGGUGUGGAGCACCAGCUGCGCCGCGAGAUCGAGAUCCAGGCCCACCUCCGGCACCCCAACAUCUUGCGGCUCUACAACUACUUCCACGACCGGCGCCGCGUGUACCUGAUCCUGGAGUACGCGCCACGCGGCGAGCUCUACAAGGAGCUGCAGAAGUGCCGCCGCUUUGAUGAGCAGCGCAGUGCCACGAUCAUGGAGGAGCUGGCAGACGCGCUGAUCUACUGCCAUGCCAAGAAGGUGAUCCACCGCGACAUCAAGCCUGAGAACCUGCUGCUGGGCCUCAAGGGCGAGCUCAAGAUCGCUGACUUCGGCUGGUCGGUCCAUGCGCCCUCGCUGCGGCGCAAGACUAUGUGUGGGACACUGGAUUACCUGCCGCCUGAGAUGAUUGAGGGGCAGCCGCACAACGAGAAGGUGGACCUGUGGUGCGCCGGCGUGCUGUGCUACGAGCUGCUGGUUGGGCACCCGCCCUUCGAGAGUGCCUCCCACACUGAGACCUACCGCCGCAUCACCAAGGUGGACCUGCGCUUCCCGCCUACCAUGCCCGAGGGUGCCCGCGACCUCAUUGGCAAGCUGCUGCGGCACGUCCCGGCUGAGCGCCUGCCUCUGCGCGCUGUGCUCGAGCACCCCUGGGUGCGGGCCAACUCCCGCCGCGUGCUCCCCCCUGCCUAUGCCCCCUAGCCCCCUGCUCCCCUGUGGGGGCCUGGUCCUACCCCCGUGGGCUGGGGCUCCCCCCCAUGUUGUCAUCUUUUUGUGUUUAAUAAAAGUCUUGAUUUUUA